AUGACUGAAUCGGGAAACCUUUCAUCAAAUGGUACUCAUCUGUCAAACAGAGUUGAUACUGUGGUGUACUCCAUUGUGGCUUGUUUCGCAGUUAUACUCUGUCUGCUUGGAAUGAUGGGAAAUGCUAUUGUUGCCUGGAUUCUUACCUUUAACAUAAAAAGGACCAAAUACACCGUGUAUAUCCUUAACCUUGCCAUUGCCGACUUUAUCUACCUUCUGUUUGUUGCCGUUGUCGUGCUCUUGAUGGUUGAUACAAUGCUAAACCGCAACACUCCAACAACUACAACAAUAUUUGCAUUGGAGGUCAUGUAUGACUUUGGAUAUGAUGCUGGUAUGCUCUUCCUUACAGCUAUAAGUGUAGAAAGAUGCCUGUCUGUUCUCUUUCCGAUAUGGUACAAGUGUUACCGGCCAAAGCACUUAUCAUCCUUCAGUUGUGGUCUUAUCUGGUUGCUGGGUGCUCUCUUAUCACUUUUGGAUAACUUUAUCUGCCCUUCACAGUCCUUUAUGGCAGCGACAACAGAGUGUACUGGAAUCCAGAUAUUCUCAACCAUUGUCACAUUUGUCUUCAUCAUACCAUUGAUGCUCACAUCCAGUUUUAUUUUAAUCUACAUCAUAAAAACAACAUCAAAGAAAUCCCGACCACCCAAGAUCUAUCUUGCCAUAAUAAUCACAGUUUUGGUUUUUCUCAUUUCCGUAGCACCUAUCAGAUUGUUAUGGUCUUUACUCUAUUUCAAGUCGUUCACAAACACAUUGUCCGCUUUGGCAUUCUUUUUUGCCACCACAUAUUGCACUGCAUUUAACAGCAGUGCAAACCCUUUUAUUUACUUCUUUGUGGGCAGACACAGGAAGAAGAGGUUUGGUGGUUCCAUUAAUGAAGCUCUAAGUCGGGUGUUUAAAGAUGAUGAAACUGAGCAGACAACUGAUGUCAGCACAAUUAACACAAGCAUGAACUAGAUGUCUACCGGUGGUUAUACACACACAGUGGUGUUGGAAGAAACAGUCCAAAAGUUAUCCCUAUUAGGAGAAGAAGUCUGCCGUUGUUUAUACACACAGGGUGAUAUCAGAAGAAGCAAUGACUUGCUUUGAACAUGUGGUCCAAAAAGUAUUCCUUUUUGGGAGUAACAAAAUUUUUGGUGGACCAGUUCCUGCCACUGGUCCAAUCUUCUGAUCCAGAUGUCUAUGAGGCCAGGGCUUAGGGUAUGUGCCGGAGAAAGGGCACAAACCAGGUACAUCUGAACUUGGUUGUUCAGGCAACUCAUACAGUAUCUGUGCGAUAAAUUUAAUUUUUGCAAUAAAAUUUCCAACACUUUUUUUUUUAAAUGAUAUGACACAGAAGAACACAUCAGGUACAAUAGUCUAUGAUUAAUGGAAUUUUUGUAAUAAAAAUCUUAAAAGGUUUUUUCUUUUUAAAUAAAAUAAGCAAUUGGAGUCCACAACAAUACACAGUGAUUCUGGAAAUAUAUGUCCAGUCAGGUUUGGCAUACUUCUUUUCAAAAGUUGUUCACCAAAAGAUAAGUGAUAAAUACAUAAUCAGUGAGGGUCAAACCACUGGGACCCUGCUCCAUUCAUUUUUAUGGAAAUAAUGGAGACAGCCAAGCAUUGUACUUUCUAGCCCCAGAGAAGUGAACAGAACAGUGGUCAGAACAAGUGAACAGAACAUGCGAACCACCACUCCAUUCACACAGGGGACUAUGGUCUCCCCAUUCUCAUGAUGCACUUCAUUCAUAUAGGAUAGUGAUAAAUCAUAAUGAUGUUUAUGAAAAUUUUGUUGUAUUGCUGGAGACGUUUUAAUAUAUAAAUAUAUAUAUAGCUGUGAAUGUACUUUUUAGCACACAAAUGUAUACAUUAAAGUUUGUUUCCUACCAUAUAUUUCCUACUAUAUUAUAGUGAUAAUGAAUAAAAAUCCUUAAAGACCAACACUUUGACUUUUCAAAUACACAGCACGUUAUGUGUAGACAGGAAGCCAGUUUCUCUAUAUUUUAACAUGGAAGAUUCAAUGUCAUUCUCAUAGGAAGGAAUAGAGAAGUAACUGUCGGUCACAUGACACAGCUAAGUCUCAGAAGGGAGGUUAUAACUCACAAAUAAAGUCACUGGUGAGAAGAUUACCUUACUCUACAGUUUAUACUAUGUACCUUUCUAACAGAUCACAGAAUAGCAUUUUUUGUGGGAGUUCUUCUUUAAACACUGUCUCUGGAUAUACAUCUGAGAAGUGUUCACAAGACUGUUUGUACAUGUCUGUACCUAUGAUCACUGUAUCCUAGUGAAAUUACACUGUUUAUUUUCUUUGCCUUAUUUAUAACUUAUCUUUUUGGAAAACUGUCAAACAAUGUGUAUCAACACUUGUGUAAAUUCAUCUAUUAUGCACCUUAAUAAACUUUAUAUCUAGA